GUUGGGGCUUAGGAUCAGAGCAGCAGGUCAUGUGUUUGAGUAACAGAAAUACAACAAGUUGUCAGCUCGGACAGCAGUACAGAGGGAAGGGCAGGUGAAACAGAGAAUGGUGUUUGGUUCUCUGUUUAAGGGAUACUGUUACUGGUCCUGUUUCAAUGAUGAGCAGCAUGGCCAGCGUGGGGAGGCCCAAAGCAGUGUCUCAUGGUGUCGUUGGGAAGGAGAAGGAGAGGACAUGGUUUUGUGGCAACGACAGGCUGAAAACAGUGUCUCCUUGCAUCAAAGGAAAACCCAGAGCUGUGUCUCCAGGCAUGAUAGGGGAGCAGAGGGCAGUGCCUCCUUGGAGGCCAGAGUCGAUGUCUCCAGGUGUGGUCGGGAGAGAUAGGGCAUGGUCUCUUGGUGUGCUCCAGAACACCAGCAGCUACAGCAGUGUGACCCCAUGCCAGACCACUACUAAGACUAUCCGAGUGACGGACAUCUUGGACUCCAAACCAGAGCCAACCAAGGCCCCUGUCAAGAUCCGGCCUCCUAGCCCACGUCCCCCGCCCCCCGAGGAGCCCAUUUUCAGUUGCAACCUGUCCAGUGACCCUCCCGUCCAGCCCAUCAUAAGACGCAGGGCCCAGUCUUUGCCCUCGGUCCACGAGAGAAACAGAGACCGCCAGGUACGCUUUGUGGACUCCUUGGGGCUGAAGCUGGAGGAAGUCAAGGUGUACAGCAAAGGAGAGGAGCCUUGGAUUCCCCCCCACGUCUUCUCCAGACUUCUCAUGAGCGCUGAGAUGAACUCAGGGCGGUCCCUGGAGCUUUCCUUGCCUUACUUCAAACCUUGCUUUCCCGAAAACACGGGCUCCCAGCCGGGGUUCAUUAAGCGCCUGGUGGAGCAGAUGGUCUCUCUGGACCAGGUCCUGUGUUCUGAGCUGGGCAUCGUCGGCAAGGUGCAGGUCCUCAACCUGGCCUUCAACAAGGAGGUGACGAUUCACUACUCCUUCACUAACUGGAGGAGCAGUGCUGAGACCAGAGCCUGCUGGGUGGCUACCCUCCACAGGGAUCCGAUGGAGGGACCAGAGUCUGAUGUAUUCAGGUUCCGCCUGCCCGUCCCGCCCUUCAUCCUGCUGCCUGGAGCCCAGCUGGAGUUCGCUGUGUGUUACAGAGUGAUGGGAGCUGAGCACUGGGACAACAACGAUGGGAACAACUACAAACUGUCCUGUCACAGCUACACACUCACUGUGCCACGGGAGUGUGAGGACAGCAUUGUGCACUACACCUGACUGGCCACUAGGGGCCAACCAGUGCUGUAGAGCGAUAGAGCUCUAUUUCAUAGAGGUUAAUGGGGAGGAAGACAACACAGCUGCGCCAAAUGAUCUGAUUGUACACAGAUCUGCCUGUAGGAAUAGAAUAUAAAAUGAAACAAGCCAUUCUCCUUAUUAAAAAAUGAAUAAAGGUAUUUAAAGACAUUGGUGAAUAGAGAAAUAGAGUAAAAGUAAUUGAAGGGAAAGCCGAUACAGACAUACCCAAGACGACUCAAAGCUGAUACAGACAUACCCAAGACGACUCAAAGCUGAUACAGACAUACCCAAGACGACUCAAAGCUGAUACAGACAUACCCAAGACGACUCAAAGCUG